CUCUAUAUAAAGUUCCUCAAAGUUUGUAUGUUUUGCUCAACAUAAAACCAAACAAAUUCCUCCUCCUUAAUUAUUUGUGAUACAUUUUUUCUAUCUCAGCUCCAAUAUGAAGGGAGGGACUAAGAGACUUUCUUUGUUGUUUUUAGUUUGCUUUCAUGUUUUUGUAUCGAGUGUGAGUGGAAGAAGUUUGGAAGCAACGAAGGAUGAAGAUGAGAAGUUUCUUUUUGGUAAAGGGGGUGGAUUUGGAGGAGGGUUUGGCGGCGGAGGCGGCGGUGGAGGUGGAGGCGGUGGAGGAGGUGGUGGAUUUGGAGGUGGCGGAGGAUAUGGCGGUGGAGGAGGAUUUGGUGGAGGUGCCGGUGGUGGUGGUGGACUAGGUGGCGGCGGCGGUGGUGGAUUAGGAGGUGGUGGUGGAGGAGGUUUAGGAGGUGGCCACGGAGUUGGUGGCGGCAUUGGUGGUGGACACGGAGUUGGUGGCGGCAUUGGAGGUGGCCAUGGAAUUGGUGGUGGAAUCGGUAAAGGUGGCGGCAUUGGUGGUGGAAUCGGUAAGGGUGGGGGAUUAGGUGGUGGAGUUGGUGGCGGCCAUGGAGUUGGUGGCGGGGUUGGUGGUGGAUAUGGAAAGGGUGGAGGACUAGGUGGUGGCCAUGGACUAGGUGGUGGGGUUGGUGGUGGAUAUGGAAAGGGUGGAGGACUAGGUGGUGGAGUUGGUGGUGGCCAUGGAGUUGGUGGCGGGGUUGGUGGUGGAUAUGGAAAGGGUGGUGGAGUUGGUGGUGGCCAUGGAAUUGGUGGCGGAGUUGGUGGUGGAUAUGGAAAGGGUGGGGGCAUUGGUGGUGGAAUUGGUAAAGGAGGAGGUAUUGGAGGUGGAUAUGGAAAGGGUGGUGGACUAGGUGGUGGAAUUGGCAAAGGAGGAGGUAUUGGUGGUGGAUAUGGAAAGGGUGGUGGAUUAGGUGGUGGAAUUGGCAAAGGAGGAGGUAUUGGUGGUGGAUAUGGAAAGGGUGGUGGAUUAGGUGGUGGAAUUGGCAAAGGAGGAGGGCUAGGAGGUGGAGGAGGUUUUGGUAAGGGAGGUGGAAUUGGAGGUGGCAUUGGAAAGGGUGGAGGAAUUGGAGGUGGAGGUGGCUUUGGAAAGGGUGGUGGUUUAGGUGGCGGCAUUGGAAAAGGUGGAGGAAUUGGAGGCGGAGGUGGGUUCGGAAAGGGUGGCGGUAUUGGCGGUGGAAUUGGGAAAGGUGGAGGAUUAGGGGGCGGAGUCGGAGGUGGAUUCGGUAAAGGUGGUGGUAUUGGAGGAGGAUUUGGUAAAGGUGGUGGCAUUGGAGGAGGGUUCGGUAAAGGCGGUGGCAUUGGAGGAGGAUUCGGUAAAGGUGGUGGCAUUGGAGGAGGAUUCGGUAAAGGUGGCGGAUUUGGAGGAGGAAUAGGCUCUGGUGGCGGCUUUGGUGGUGGUGGUGGAUUUGGAGGUGGUGGAGGUGGCGGCGGCGGGAUUGGAGGACACUACUAAGGUAGAGACUUCAUUUUCUAAUCAAGCACAUGCUACACGAGAGAGAAUUUCAUGCAUGGAGCUGAAUUGGUAUUGUUGCCAAUUAAGAGCCUAAGUAAAAGAUAUACUUGUAUUUCUUAUUUAUCAUUAUCUAUAAGCAUGGUUUGUUGAAUUAUUUGGUGUAACUCAUUCUAUAGUUUCUAGAUAAACUUGCUUAAUUUCUUUUUAAUUAUACUCCAGUAGCUGCUACAAUUGUACUGCUGAUCAUAAUGGAUUCAAUGUACUGUUGUAUUGAUUAAAUAAUCAGUGAACUAGUUGUCAAUUUUAUAUUUAAGUUGUUGCCCUUGUUGGCCCCAAA